CUUUGUCGAAUGUUUAAGGAUACAACUGCUUGAUAUGUUUAAAAUACCCUCUUUGUAUUUUAUAUAAUAUAUUUCUAUGUUGGUCAGGAAAACAACAUUUUGACUCUCAAUCUGUUGGAAUCGAUGUCGUGGAUUGAUCCGAGAUUAAAAUGGGAACCAGGAAAGUUCAAUGGUGUUACUGAACUGAAAAUCCCAAGUCGGAGUUUCUGGCAACCAGAUAUUAUACCGGUGAACAGUGUUGACGAGUACAAGGGCUUUGUUGCUGGGGAUUUGAACGCCGUUCUGAAGUACGAUGGUAAUGUGUCAUUUCACCCACUAAAAAUCACAAAAUUCAUCUGUACUUUGAAUGAAAGUCUUCUAUUAGCAAAGGAAGAAGUCUUGUGUAUUUUAAAGUUCACGUCCUGGACGAGAUCUGGUCAAGAGCUGGAUCUGCAGUUACUGUAUGAACCGGAAGUCCAUGAUUAUUCGAAUCUUCAUUUGAACAUGACCAAAAUAUCGGCCAGGAGGAACGUGAGUAGGUACGAAUGCUGUCCUGAACCUUAUAUUGAUAUCACAUAUAUACUUACAUUCAGACGCAAAUGAUUUUCGUUCCCUUCAAUUCUGAUACAAGAUUAAAGAAGAUAUAAUCUUUGACUAAAUGGAAACCGAUCUGUUAAUAUGUGCUUGUCAAUACGUUUGGGUUACUACAUUGUACAACGUUAUUGAACUGAUUAUUUGAAACUUAAAUAUGCUUGUAUAUUAAAACACAUAUAUGCUCAUCAAUAGCUAUACGUUUGAGUUACUACAUUAUACAACGUUAUUGAACUGAUGAUUUGAAACUUAAAUAUGUUUGUAUAUUAAAACACAUAUAUGCUCAUCAACUUCAAAUCGUUUGUUUUCCUUUCAUUUUUGAUUUACAUGGCCAUAUGCGUUUGUUAUAUGGUGUAUACACUGCUGGCUGUUCUGUUGGCUUUUUAUUUGUCUUUUAUUACUGUUCUGUAACCUGGAAAAUAGUGUGGGUCGGACCAAGACGGUGGUUUGGUACACUGCUAACCUGUUUCAACACCUUAGUGAUAUUUUGCCACUGAUUGUUCCAUUGCGGCGUGUAAGGGCUUUAAUUACAGGGUUCUGUAUUGUUGGAUUUUGUCAUUUAUUUCAUAAAGGAUAGUAACAUUAAUAUGUUUAUAUAACUGCAUAACAAUAAAUAUUUAAAUGAUAAGAGAUAUUUGAUUCAAUUUCAUGGACAGAACAAAUAUUUAUUAGGCUAUUUAUUUGUAAUU